AGCGACUCAGCGCGAGGCUUAGAGCAGAGUCAUAUUGGAGCUCGUAUGAGGAGGCUCAGCGGCUGCGUACGUGACUAGAAGGACUGAUCGGGCGAGAGGAAGACGCGACAAUGGAGAUGGGGACACAUAUUAGAGGCGCCUACACCUCCUUGGCUCCAGAAGGAGUUCAACCUGGGGUGGAGGAAAGCCGCCACUGGACGGACGACGAGGUGCGAGCGCUGCUAUGUAUCUGGGCUGAUCGGCGUGUCCGGGAGAGCCUGAAGAGCACCAUACACAAUAAGUACAUCUUCCAGGAGAUUUCCGGCCAGUUGGAACGCACCUUUGGUGUGGUGCGCAACUGGAAACAGUGCCGCACCAAAUAUAAGAACCUCAAGUACGACUAUAAGGUUGCCAAAAGCAACCACGCGGCCCGCGGUGGUCGCAGCAGCCCGGGAAAGUACAUGAAGUUUUUCCACGAAGUAGAGGCCAUUCUACUGGACCGCGGCCUGGAUGAGGUUUCGCUGCGUAUGAAGAGGUUUUAUGUUCAGGAGAAGAAGCCGGCCACCUCAGAAAGUGAGGUCGUCAUCGAGAAUGAUAAUUAUGUGGAUCCGUCCACCGUGGACCAGCUGAAUGUGGUCACCUUGUCGGAUGCGGGCCGAAACUGGAGCGACCAGGAGGUGCGAGCUCUUAUUCAAGUGUGGUCCGACGAGCAGGUCCGGCGCCAGCUGGAGAGCUCCACCAGAAAGCGUGACGUCUUCACACAGAUUUCAAACCGGCUGAUGCAGCAAGGCAUCGAACGUGACUGGAAGCAGUGUCACACCAAGUACAAGAACCUCAAAUACCUGUACCGCUCACUCCAGAGGGAAAAGAUAGACGAUGGUGACCCCAAACGCCUCAUGAGGUAUUACAGAGAAGUGGACGCCAUUAUGAAUCGCAGAGCUAGGGGCUCACGCAUAGAAUCGCACCAAAUUGCAACACUGGAGGGUGAUGCUAACAUGGCGAUGGUGGCAGAGGACAGAUUUUGUCGGUCCGAAUCUAUUUCGCCGAUUCACCUUGGAGUGACGCCACAUGAAGAACAAGGGGUCAUAACAGGAAAAAGUCACCAGCUGGACCAGUGGCAUCCACAGGACACUUUGUUAGGAUCCAGUGAAAGCAGCCUUACAUUUGGCGACACGUUGUCAACUGGCCCAGGGAGGAAAAGGAAGGCGGACGAUGAAGACACUUUCCUGACACCAGUAAAAAAAUUUGCGGAAAAUGUGAACAUUAAAGAAGAAGAAACUCACAUUCCGAUUAUACAAGUCCAUUCAGUCUGCACGAUGACCUACCAAGAUGCGCAUGAUCAGGAGACAAAGUUUUGCAGUUUGUCGAAGAGAAACAUGGCUUCCACCCAAGAGCUUAACAUCGGGCAGAAACUGAACGAGGGGAAAACCAAGCAGAUCUUCGAGAUCGUGGAUCAGCCCGGGCUGGUUUUGGUGCAGUCCAAAGACCAGAUCACUGCCGGGAAUGCAGUGAGGAAAGACCAGAUGGAGGGCAAAGCGGCCAUUGCAAAUAAAACUACGAGCUGCGUGUUUGGACUGCUGCAGGAAUCUGGUAUCAAGACGGCCUUUGUGAGGCAGCAUUCGGACACUGCGUUCGUGGCAGCGCACUGCGAGAUGAUUCCCAUCGAAUGGGUGUGUCGCAGGGUGGCCACCGGCUCCUUCCUUAAGAGGAACCCGGGAGUGAAAGAGGGCUACCGCUUCUCCCCGCUCAAGAUGGAGAUUUUUUUCAAAGAUGAUGCCAACAAUGACCCCCAGUGGUCGGAGGAGCAGCUGCUGGAGGCCAAGUUCUGCCUGGCUGGACUUGACAUCGGCCGUUGCGAGGUGGACAUCAUGAGCCGUAGCACAGUGGCCAUCUUUGAAAUCCUGGAGAAGGCCUGGGCCACACAGAAUUGCACACUGGUUGACAUGAAGAUUGAGUUUGGUGUGAACGUAAAGACUCAGGAGAUCGUCCUGGCUGAUGUGAUCGACAACGACUCCUGGAGGCUGUGGCCGUCUGGAGAUAGGAGCCAGCAGAAAGAUAAGCAGGUGUACAGAGACCUCAAAGAGGUGACCCCUGAGGCCAUGCAAAUGGUUAAAAGAAACUUUGAGUGGGUUUCCGAAAGGGUCAAGCUGCUGCUGGAGUCCGAGGCCAAUGGCAGGGUGGUGGUCCUGAUGGGCUCCACUUCAGACUUGGCCCACUGUGAAAAGAUCAAGAAGGCCUGCAGUUCCUACGGGAUUCCUUGUGUGCUGCGAGUCACCUCAGCUCACAAAGGCCCCGACGAGACGUUGCGCAUUAAAGCGGAAUACGAAGGUGACGGAAUUCCCACUGUGUUCGUGGCGGUAGCUGGCAGGAGUAACGGCCUUGGCCCAGUGAUGUCAGGUAACACCGCUUAUCCCGUGAUCAACUGCCCACCCAUCACGCCUGACUGGGGCUCCCAGGACGUUUGGUCUUCACUUCGUUUGCCCAGUGGUUUGGGAUGUUCCACCAUUCUCUCCCCCGAUGCAGCCGCUCAGUUUGCGGCUCAGAUUUUCGGGUUGACCAAUCACCUGGUGUGGUGUAAGCUGAGGGCUUCCAUGCUCAACACCUGGGUGGGCCUCAAGGUGGCUGACAAGAAGCUCCAGGCAUGCAGCCUCUGAGCUGACACCACAAAAUCAUUAUCAUCAUCAUUCAGAUCCUCUGUUAGCAGACUGAUGUCUUUUCAUCAAGAAAUUGCCAAACAUUAACAUCGUGCUUGAAUCAUUCCAUUAAAAAUAAUUUGUUAAACUUUGUCACAAAAUUUCUCAAUUUUUUUCCAGUGAAAUAAAAUUCAAGCAUUCCAUAUCAAAAUAUAUUUUCCAGUGACAUCUAAUGAUAAUGUAUCAUAUAUAAAUUGAAUGCUGAUUUACAUUUUUCC